UUCUAACACAAUUUUACGGAUAUUGUGAAUGUACCUUAAUAUGACAUUUGCUCCAGUUUUUGAAAACAACAUGCACUGUUGAUGAAAAAUUGAAAAGUCAUGUUGAGUUUAGUGACAAGGCAGUGCGUGCGAACAAUUGAUCGUAACAAAACAUUUUUAAAUGUUACUCGUUAUAAUUAUCCAACAGUAUCUAAUAAAUGCACAUUUUUACAAGGACUAAUUCAUAAGAACGGCUCUAGUUCUCAAAAGAUAAAUUUAUUUCGAAGAAAUGGCACAAUUGCGUCGCAGUUCGGAACAAAACCAAAUCUUAAAUCGCAAAAAAUCGUUGGCUCAUGGUUAUUUACAUGUAGUGGAAUGGUUUUUGUAGCCGUUGUGUUAGGAGGUGUCACAAGGCUCACUGAGUCUGGACUAUCCAUGGUUACAUGGAAAUUACUUGGAGAAAAAAUGCCAACUACAGAAGCUGGUUGGAUCGAAGAAUUCGAAAAAUACAAAACAUUUCCAGAAUAUAAAAUAAACAAUGCGAAUAUGACUAUAGAGGAAUUUAAACGAAUUUGGUGGAUGGAAUACGCACAUAGAAUGUGGGGUCGUUUAAUAGGUUUUACAUUUAUUGUUCCUGCGGCUUAUUUUUGGAGUAAAGGAAUGUUAAAAUCGGGAAUGAAAACACGUGUUUUGGCACUUGGUUCUCUUAUUGGUAUGCAAGGAUUAUUGGGAUGGUAUAUGGUGAAAUCGGGACUUGAAGAUCGUUUUCAUGGACCAUCGGAUGUACCAAGAGUUUCACAAUAUCGUUUAGCAUCACAUUUGGGAUUAGCAUUUAUUUUAUUUACUGGUUUACUUUAUAAUGCAUUGGAUCAUAUUUUACCAGCGAAAAAACUUAAUAUCGAUUAUUUUGGAUCGUCAAUGAUUAGACAGAAUUUAAUUAAGGCCUUAAAGAGAUUUAGAAUAAUGGUACAUGGAACAAAGGGAUUGGUUUUUAUCACAGCAUUGUCAGGUGCAUUUGUCGCCGGUAUGGAUGCUGGAUUAAUUUACAAUACAUUUCCUAAAAUGGCUGAUAAAUGGAUUCCAGAUGAUAUUUUUGCUCUUUAUCCGACAUUAAGAAAUUUCACGGAAAAUCCAACGACAGUGCAGUUUGAUCACAGAAUACUGGGGAUAACAACUAUAAGUUUAGUGACUUUAAUGGCAAUAAUGUCCAGAAAAUACAAAUUACCUGGUAGAGCAUCUUUGGCAAUAAAAGUUGCAUUAUGUGCAGGAUAUUUACAAGUAAUAUUAGGUAUUUCGACUUUAGUGCAUCAUGUACCGGUAACUCUUGCGGCAUUACAUCAAUCUGGUAGUCUUUUACUUUUAAGUUCCAUGAUAUGGCUCUGUCACGAGCUUAAGUAUUUGAAAAAAGUAAUAAAAUAAAAAUUUUGUUUAAUUAAAAACAAUUUUACAUUUUAUAUAAAAAUAAAUUAAAAAAUUAAUUUAGGUACAUAACAGGAAAUUCCAUUUUUAGCAUUUAAUAAUAUAAAAAUAAAAGAAAAAAAGUAAAUCGCUAAGAAUUUUUAAAGGUAACAAAAUAAAGUGAUUUAUUACUAUUUAUAUGAUUUUUAUUUGACAUUAAGUUGUUUUAUAAUAAUUGUCACUUAUAAAAAUUAUUUUUUUUUUUAUUCAACUUUUAUCAGAUUAGUGUAUUGUGAUCACUCUUGAAUAUUUAAUGCAUUUAUAAUACAGUUGGAAAUUUUUCUUUUGUAAUAUUAUCAAACGUGAUUAGUGUGUUUUAAUGUCUCCAAAUUUACUGACUAAUAGUCACGACAUUCAUUUUCUUUUGAAAUCGCCAAUUUUAUUUAAAUUCAAAUAUUUUUUUUUGUAUUAAUAAGUCUAAUUUUUUAAAAAAUAAUAUUUUUAUUAUCUCAGAUAAUAUUUGGAAAUUUUAUUUAAAUUUUUAUUGCUAUCUAAUUAAGAUGAAUUUUUGUUUUCUUUCGUUUUUAUUCAAUUCCAUCUACAUGUACGUUGAUGAAAAAUGUGUCGAGUUUUUCUUUUUUUUUUUAUCUAAGUGGCAGUUAUAUAAACGCUUUGUCAAUCAGUCAAAUUUUGAUUUUUCAUAUAAUGUAACGAGUAAUAGCUUCUUUUUUUCACUCAUUUUUUUUUUUAAAUUGCACUUUUAUUAUUUAUUUAUUUAUUUACAAGCAUUCCUGGAGACAUUGAGAACAUGUCGCACUUUACAAAAGUGAUACCAGUAUAUAUUAUGAGUAUUAAAAAAAAAAAUAAAUAAAGAGGCAAACGGUAAAUCACACCAUACAGUCAAACGAGAAUAAAAAAUAAUUGUAACUUUAUUGGUGUCUUAUAAAAAAUUUAAGAUCCAAUUAAAGUUACAUUAUUGUAAUAGGAAAUAGUUUUUAAAAUUAUCAAAGGCAAAAAUAUUUAUAUAUUAUGCAUUCAUAUCUUAAUUAAAAUCUUGAAUAUUUUCAUUUUUUCAAAUAUCUUUAUGAAUACUGUACACAGUUUUUUUAAAAUCAUUUUUUUUAUAGCAAAAAGCUUAAUAUAGAAAUUGUUUAAAUAAUGUGCAAUAUUAAAGAAAAAGUCCACCUGCGAGUCUCUCUGCUAAAAAUUAAAAAAUUUGAAUAUAUUUUUUUUAUUUAUUAAAUUUAUUUCUUGCCUCUUCUGAAAAAAAAGAAAAAAAUAUUUUGUAACUUUUAAAAAAAAAAUUGGAGAGAUUAAAAGAUAUUGGAUAGUUAAAAAUAUAUUUAUAAUAAAAAAGUUUGUUUGUUGAAAUUUUUUUUAUUUAAUAUUAAUUUUUGGCAAAGAUUGCCGCAGGUACCUUAAAUCUUUUUUUUUUUUUUUUAAAUAAAAAUAUUAAUAAGAGUAAUUGAACAUUAGUUUUUGUCGAGGAUACUAGUGACUGUGGGACGAUUUCCGUAGAGAAAUUUCUCCAAGCAAGCGUCUUAAUACAGAUACAACUACACUUAAGCACUUCUCUAUUUUGUAAGACUGUUCAGUCAAAAAAAAAAAAAAAAUGGCUGCUUUAACAACCAUUUUAUUAUUAUUUUGCUUUUCUUUUUGCUUUAAACAUUGAAAUAAUUAAGUAGUAAAGUUAAUAUAUAUUUAUAUAUAUUUCUUGUAAUUUCAAUUAGAUCAGUCUAAAAACAACAGCGUAAUUGCGUCAUCAAUCUUUUCGAGCACAGCAUCGAAAAACGAGACUAACUCAAAAUAAUGAAUUCAUUAAAUUACAUAAAUGCAACUCUAUAUAAUGUCUAAUGUCUCCGUUAUCUCGUGAAUUUUUUUUCUUUAUUUUUUUAUUAUUAUAUGUAAAGUAAGAAUUGAUUGAGCUUUUUUUUUAUGCGAACUGCUGUUCGGAAGUUGAUCCCAAAUUUAUCAAAUCUUUCCGUGGCUGUGUUUUUCUUUUAAAAUUGCCACCAAUUACAUUAUUUUCAUGUUUUUAUAAGUAGAUCCAGUAUAAUAUUCUAUAUAUAUAAAUAUAUUGCUAUAACACACAUCACGACGUAAGUCUCCCACAUCUUCGCGACGCUUCUCUCAAACUCUUUCAUUUUAUUUUUCAAAAAUAAAAAAAAAAAACAU